UAUUGCAGGGUUGCGAUGGUUCCGUCCUCCUUAACGCGUCCGACGAGAACCCUCGUCCUGAGACGGCAGCGCCGGUGAGCAUCGGGCUGGAAGGAUUCGACAUCCUGGAGGAGAUCAAGGCCGAUCUCGAGAGGAGGUGCCCCGGCGUGGUCUCCUGCGCCGACAUCCUCAUCUUCGCCGCCCGCGACGCCAGCAGCAUCCUCAGCAACGGCCGCGUCCGCUUCGACGUCCCCGCGGGCCGCCUCGACGGCGUCGUCUCCUCCGCCUACGAGGCCCAGGCGGAGCUCCCGGAUCCCACCUUCACCAUCCGGCAGCUCAUCGACAACUUCGCCCGCAAGAACUUCACCGUCGAGGAGCUCGUCGUCCUCUCCGGCGCGCACUCCGUCGGCGACGGCCACUGCUCCUCCUUCACCGCCCGCCUCGCCGCGCCGCCCGACCAGAUCACCCCGUCCUACCGCAACCUGCUCAACUACAGGUGCUCCCGCGGCGGCGGCGCCGACCCUGCGGUGGUGAACAACGCCCGCGACGAGGACCUCGCCACCGUGGCGAGGUUCAUGCCGGCGUUCGUCGGCAAGCUGCGGCCGGUCAGCGCCCUGGACAACACCUACUACCGCAACAACCUCGACAAGGUGGUCAACUUCAACUCGGACUGGCAGCUGCUGACGCAGGACGAGGCGCGCGGCCACGUCCGCGAGUACGCCGACAACGCCGCCCUCUGGGACCACGACUUCGCCGCCUCGCUGCUCAAGCUCAGCAAGCUGCCCAUGCCGGUGGGGAGCAAGGGGGAGAUCAGGAACAAGUGCGGCGCCAUCAACCACAGCAAGAGCUAAUUCGGCCACUUAUGCAGGGGGUUACGUACAUGCAUGCAGACGAUGUGGUCGUAGCCAUAUGUUUUCUUGUUAUAUCUCAUCGUUCUAAAAUACAGAAAACCUUGUACUCGAAAAAAAAAGACUACUCCAGUAUAAUAUAAAGUAUUUGUAUUUGUGGUUACCCAUAUAUUUACCUGUUAUGAAUUGUUACUA